AUGCGAGCGUUAGAAUCGGAACAGGCCAACCGACUGACAGAGUUCCGACUUACCGAUGUCAUCACAGACCAGGAUGUACUAACGAUAGAACCCACACAAUCACUGAGAGAGAUCAUCGAGCUGCUAUACGAACGAAGCAAACGGAGAGCGUUCAUCACCGAGGGCGUAGACCCUCCGACCCAUUAUGGCCAGAUUGUGGGUGUAGUCACACUCACGGACCUUUUGAAUCUGCUGUUUAACUCACCCAUGGGUGUGUACUGA